AUGCGAUGCGCGAGCAAGGCCGCCGAGAGCGCGUCUGCACGUCUCUGUGCGGACGCCGAAGCAGAGACAACAGCAACUGAUGUCCCAUCGGUUGCUGAAGAGACCCAGCCUGUGUCACUUGGUGACGCAGGCGCUGGUCAUGAAGACACUCGUGUCUUCACAGAGUACGAGCUCGGUGUCUCGUACUCUCCUGAUACGGAUGACGGAUCCGUAUCGACGGCAAUUGAAUCCAAGCCGCCUGCCAAGCGUGGCAUGGACGAUGCUUUGCGUCGCAGCAUCUUUGGUUCAUCUGACGAAUCAGAUGAACCAUCGCCGAAGCGAAGGCGCUCGAGGUCGCGAGACUCGGGCGCUAAUAGUGGUGUCGGUUCUCCAAUGGACACCACUUCGCAGCGAGGUGCCAGUACUUCUGUCGGCACGUCGCAGGAAGAGCGGGACCGCAAUGUGUUGCGUCUCGCUCCAGAAAAGAAGGCAUGGAUGCCUCCUAAAUCCGUCAUGGAUCACUUGUCGGCGACGACGAGUGAUCGUUAUCGAACACGAUUGUUCGAUUCGUCAAGGAUUCAUCACCUUGACCCCAGCGCGAAAGACUAUCGCGCUGAACAUGAGUUCUUCAUCGAUGCUUUCUUCAGACAUCGAUGGUACAGUGGGAAUCACAAACGUGAUGGUCCCUCACUACUUCAGGCGUGGAACGCCUACAUCCAUAAUCUCGAGGAUGUAGGUCGUGACGCUUGGAACGACAAACUUAUCAAAGCUCGUGAUAAGUUUGAAAAGCGAACCCCGACAGGUGCACGCUACAAGCUGCAUCGUCUGUCAAGGGAGAAAGGAUUACCCUGCCUCUCUCUUGGGGAGACUCGUGCCCAUGUUGUGUGA